AUGACUGGACGCCAAAACCCAGGAAACGUUUCAAACCGAGCCCAGGAAGAGGUGCAAAACAUGGCCUCCAAGGGCGGCCAGGCUGGUCAUUCCGGAGGCUUUGCCAACAUGGACCCCGACAAGCAGCGCGAAAUUGCCUCCAAGGGAGGUCAGCAUUCGUCUGGUUCCUAUGAGAGCGGUAGCCAGAAGGGUAAGGAGGCCGGUGCCAUGGGCGGUUCGAAGUGA